AUUAGAUAAGGCCAUUAGUGCUCCGUGGAUUACAGUAAUCCAGCCCCUUUAAUAUCAGUGCGGUGGUCCACCACUCGAAAAAUAAACCAUCAUGGAGUACAGACUGCAGAACACGUUACUGUUAGCCAUCCUGCUGGUGUCUGAAGGUUUUGUUGGGUUACAAGCGCAAGAGGAUGGCGAGGGCAACGACACAUGGGCUGGGAAAACCUGCAAGUGUGACUGCGAUGAUUCCUCUAGCAAACUGCUUUCCAAAGGUUCUUCAUCAAGUUGGGCGCAGGAGAUGGACUGCAUGCCAGAGUGUCCCUACCAUAAGCCCCUGGGUUUUGAGGCAGGAUCUGUGACUUCAGAUCAGAUGAGCUGCUCUAAUGAAGACCAGUACACAGGCUGGUUCUCCUCCUGGGUUGCAAGCAAGGCAAGGCUCAACAGCCAAGGAUUUGGGUGUGCCUGGCUGUCUAAGUUCCAGGAUACUAACCAGUGGCUUCAGAUUGACCUGAAGGAGGUCAAAGUGGUUUCUGGGAUCCUGACCCAGGGGCGCUGUGACUCUGAUGAGUGGGUUACCAAGUACACUGUGCAGUACCGCACCAAUGAGAAACUCAACUGGAUCUACUACAAGGACCAAACUGGAAACAACAGGGUGUUCUAUGGAAACUCUGACCGCUCUUCCACAGUCCAGAACCUGCUGCGUCCACCUAUCGUAGCACGUUACAUCCGUAUCAUCCCUCUUGGCUGGCACACUCGCAUCGCCAUCCGUAUGGAGCUGCUACUAUGCACGAAUAAAUGCACCUGAUCUGGAACACGCCAGCAAAGCCAUACCCAACUAUUUCCUGUACUGCCCCCUUUCUUGUAUCACAACAUGCCAAAGUGAACAUCACUGCAUAAAUUCACUGCACUUGCUUUUUUUUUUUUUUUAUUUUCUGGUAUUUUCAAGGAGGAAAUGAUCAGUAGAAUGUGUUAUAGUUACAUUAAUUUGUGUUAAAGAUAUUUUCCUUUUCUCUUUACAUUUAAAGAGUUUUUUUUCCUGUCAUUUUGUAUUUGAUUUAUGUACAAAAAUGCUUUUUUGCUUUGGCAAAUCAGAUAUAAAGGUGCAAGAUGAGGCCAGAGGAGGCAACUUUGGUAAUAUGGCUAAACCAGAGGUUAGCUUAUCUGGAGAGAGGUGGGGAGAUCUUGUGGAGUUGUACUGAAUGUUGCUAUUGUGUGUUCUGAUGUGUUUUGUGAUGGUGACAUAGGGUGUUUUAUUCCCACUGUUAUGUCCAAUUCCUUUUUGUGAGCCUAAAUUGAUUAAUUGUAUUUGUGGCUUACCCGAGAAACAACGCCCUUGAAUAAAGAACGUCUCUCUCUGUACAUUGUGUAUGUCCAACAGUUCA